CUCUUAUAUAACUAUCUAAAUAUAUCAAAAGCUUGGGGUUAUUAUGAAAGCGGUCUGAACAUUCACGUUAAUAUUACCUGUGACGAUAUGCUACAUACAUCGAAUUGAUCGGAGCACAGGCGGCACAGGAACAUAGUCAAACGAACCAAAGAAAUGGCAGGAACUCCAGAAAUGGAAUAUCGAUAUCUUGGAAAGUCUGGUCUCAGAGUUUCUAGCCUGAGUCUCGGCACCAUGAUGUAUGGCAAGGGAAAGACCGAAUUCCCCGGAGGGUGUGACCAGGAACAGGCACACGCCAUGUUGGAUCACUACACACUCAAGGGAGGUAACUUCAUUGACACUGCUGACGUUUAUGCCGGUGGAAAAUCUGAAGAAAUCGUUGGUCUCUGGCUGCAAAAACAACGCCGUGACGACCACGUUGUUGCAACCAAGGUUGGUCUGGGCACUCAGCACGAUCCAGGUCUUAGAGGGCUUAGCCGGAGACACAUCACAAGGAGUUUGGAGAAAAGUCUGGAACGACUGCAGACGUCGUACGUUGACGUAUAUCAGAUGCACAUGUGGGACAAGGGUACGCCUAUAGAAGAGACUGUGCGGACAUUUGAUGAUCUGGUGCGGUGUGGGAAGGUGCUGUACUGUGGCGCCAGUAACUUGACGGGAUGGAUGCUGCAGAAGCUGGUGGACACUACAGAGAGGAUGGGCUCGAACCCGUUCGUAAAUCUACAGCAACGAUACAGCCUCUGUACCAGGGAGUCUGAGCUUGAUGCGUUUGAGGUGUGUCGGUCAGCCGGCGUUGGCAUCACAGCCUGGGGAACACUGAUGAGCGGAAUCCUCAGUGGCAAAUACAAACGCCAGGAGACAUUGGACGGGGGAGGAGAUGGACGCAUGCGGUGGUUGGCUGGGGAAGAAGAUGGCGCACGUCGGUUGACGAUAUUCCCGUCGUGGUCAAAGCUGCAGACAGACGACAUGACAUGGAACACGGUAAUGGUCCUGGAGAAGAUUUCACAAAAACACAACAAGACGAUGUCCCAGGUGGCUGUCAAGUGGACAUUACAGCAGCCCAUGGUGUGCUCGGUGGUUCUGGGGUGCAGGAACCUCGCACAGCUGGAUGACACCAUGGAGGGCGGCUCCCCCACGUGGCGGCUGGCUCAACAAGAUCUAGAUGAUCUAGACAGGGCCAGCUAUGUUCCUCGUUCCAUGCUCUACGAGAACUAUGGGAAGUCACCGUGGAAGAAUCCUUUCCUGAUGCUCUGAAGGCAACCUGCAUCAACGAUACUGUUAAGAGCCUGACCGUUUAGUAUCUCCGACUCCACCAACCCCCUCCAGAAUGGUUGGUCCUAAAGCACUGCAAUCUGAUAUACAUUUUCAUUGUAUUUCCAGAAGUUGUGAUUUGUGCCUUGUGUCGGUACACUGACAUCAUGUUAUUAAAAUGAUAUAUUCAUUGA